GUUCCACACUGCACUUCACCAGCACAAAAAAAAACUCAGACAUGGAUGACCCACUCACAAAAUGGCUCCACUUUCACACUGACAUCAACAACACGUCGGGAACGUGUGGUGUUUUCGACAGCUGAUUUAUGGAAAGGCAGGACAUAACUACAACGUGAUGAAAUUAUGGAAAAAAUUAAACCGGAGCUUUGUCCUGGAAGUCCCGGUGCCAAAUCGUGCAGCCCACUGAAGCAGGAUUCCACCAUCAGGGGGAAUGGAUGCAAAGACCCGGAGGACUCGAAGGAGGAUAACUUCACAGGGGAGGGGGUUAAAACAGAUGACGCGCCUCUGCGGGACCCGCGCAACCGGACCAUCAUCCUCAACGGCGUUGCCAAGGAAACAGCUUACGACGCUCUUGACCUGAAAAGGGAAGUACCAGUAAUCGAGCUCUCGAGGAGAGACGAUAUAAAGGCGGGACAGCAGAGAACGGACAGUCCCACGGUACCGAUCACGGAGCUUCGCAGACCACCCGUGCCGUUGCCGCACCGAGACGCGCUGAACGACGCCCGAAUGGUUCAGCUGAGCCCAAACGCGUUCCCUCUCCCAGCGCGAGCGAUGCUCUACAACCUGGCGCAACCUCUCUCCGCAAUCAACAGUCUUGGAGGAGAGUCGGAACAAUACUGCAUGUACCCCAGCAACAGGGUAAAGCACCGCCCAGCGCCUUACGAGGUUGAGCUCGACGAGGGUAGGCGCAUUUUAGAUCUUUCUAAGUAUGGUAAGACGCACCUCUGUUGUGUCCUCCUGCUGCUUACAGUCUUCUCCUCAACCUUCUCCUCAUCCCAACGUCAUCCCAUUCCAUUUAUCCCCUGGCAUGGCUGUAACAUGGCUGGCCAGCCAAAGAUUGUACGACGGAUCUUCACCAACAGCCGGGAGCGCUGGCGGCAGCAGAACGUCAACGGAGCAUUCUCAGAGCUCCGGAAGCUCAUCCCCACCCACCCACCGGACAAGAAGCUGAGCAAGAAUGAGAUACUGCGUCUGGCCAUGAAGUACAUCAGCUUCCUGUCCAACCUGCUGGAUGACCAGGACGGAGGGGGCACAGUGGCCGUGGGCGACGAGACAGGGCUUCUGGUGGGGGGCUGUGAGGGUCGACCCCAGGGGCCCCGUCAGGACGUGGUGGGACUGGCCACGGAGGAUGACCUGCUCCUCCAGGGCACGUUGUCGCCCGGGUCCAGCUGCGGGAGUCUGCCAGAUGGGGACGGCAGCCCAGAGAGCUUCACCGAGGACCGGGACUCACCCACAGCCCAGAGGACUGUGCCUGCCCCGCGCGGUAGGGAACUGCGACGCAACGUGCGUCCACAAGACAGCGGCAGCCAGCGAUGACGGUGAUGAUAAUGGUGGUGACAGUCAUAACGAUGAUGGUGAUAGAGUUGACGAUGAGGGAGUUGAUGGUGGACCGCAGGAAAACACAUGGAUUGACUUAUUUCCCUGAAAGAUGGAUGACUUAAAUAUGGAUGACAAGGGAUUCAUCUAAAGAGCGGUGCUUUAGGUUCUGGAAGCAUGCUGAUGACAGAAUAUCACUUCGUCAGGAUUCUAAUCAGCUCAUACUGAAGCCAAUGGCAGCUUGCUUGGCAUGGUCCUUAUUUGUUCAAUUGGUUGACAAAACGACAGACUUGUAAAUUCUGCAUGCUUUUAAUGCUGUCUAUGACCUGGGUUGAGGGACACCUCAUAUUUCCUGAGUUGUGAAUGUUCAAAUACAGUGUGCUUCUGUUACACUAUCAUGUCAUGAGUAGUAUACAUCCUAUGUCAUCAUCAUAGAAGUCACUCAUGCCAUGGUACCAUGAGGUGACGCAAUGGAGGUUACACCAGGAAAUGGCAAUGGGAAUGCUGUCAUGUUCUCACCUUGGGUUAAGAUCCAACUUCACCAGUUGUCAAUGAGGGCAUUCUAACUCUUCUGAAUAGUCAAGUUUACGACAACAACACAGCAACAGCAUAGCUGUUUCACUGAUAGCAAUGGAUUGAUGUCAAAUCCUCACAAUAAAAUACACACUUAAACAAGCAUUAAAUACAAUUAUUUGCUUGAAAAAUGUGUUAUCUUAAGGUUUUAGCACUCACAACACAUUAUCAAACAUGCACAUAUACCAAAAUAUUUUUACAGUGGUUCAUGUCAAGUGAUGUGAUUCGGCAGUUUGAUAUAUUUUAGACAGGGUUUUCAUUUUUUUUUUUUUUUUUUUAGAUUCUGCUCAGUGCUCCUUAUUACAUUCAUUCAACAGUGGACAAACAACAUGUUCUCUAGAAAAUGUAUGACAAACACAUAUAAUUAUAUAAAUGUGGUACCUUAUUUAUAUUUUUUGUCACAUAUAACUGAUUAGCAUUAAGUAAAACACCCCAGAGUAACAUGGCAACUGACCGUGAACCGUGUGCGCACACACAAACACACACACACACACACACACACACACACACACACACACACACACACACACACAUAUCAAGUACAAUCUGAUUUCUGAGACACACUGCCAUAGCAUGUAGAUGAUGGACUUAUGUGCAGCAAGGUAACUAGCAACUACAUCUACCAGAGGAUAAUACAUUUUCCUGUCAAGAGGUACAAAUAGUAUUUCCGUAACUGAUGUCCAAUGAAAUCAUAUGAUGACUCACCCAAUCAUUUUGUAUAUUAUACAUUUCUAUUUCAAUGUUUUUUUCAUUGUAAUGCAGUUGUGAUUUGGUAUGGUACACUUAGUAUAUCACCUUCCUUUUCUCUGUUGGGAUCAGCAACGACAUCAGCAGUUUUAUGUCAGUAAACAGUGAGAUGUACAUCCCUGCUGUUUGGUUAUUUGAUUGCUGCUUUUUCAGCAGACAUUUAGUAGCCCGUCUUGGUACCUUUGGUUACUAUUUUAUGAACUACAGUAAAGCAAAGGGACAUUGUAGUUUUAAGUAAAAAAGCAUGUUUGUUGUAUGAUAAAUAUAUCUAUGACUAUAUGCAAUGACUUUUAUAUAAAAUGCUGAAUAAAAUGAACACACAAAAACGCAAAAUACUGCCACACAAAAUACUCCUUAUGUGUGUUGUAAACCAUGACAAUUGUGUGUUCUAAACCAGACAAUUUUUUCAAUCAUAUUUAUAACACAGAUUUGUACAUUUUUGUUAUGCAUUUUUCUUUAUUUACUUAUUUCUCAGGAAUCAUUACCCAUAUAUAAUUAAGACUAUGGAACUAAUGUGUUAGGAAUAUUUGAAAACAACUUGUUCUUACAUUUUAAAGCUGAAUUCAUCUCAAAUGGACCAAUCUCUCCCUGUAACACAUCCUACUGCCAAGCAAUGUGAAGUAAAUCCAUAACCUACCACAAGGCAUGCAAAACACUCCCACUCGAGUCUGGAAUCCUCACUUCCUCUAAGCAAGUGACAACUUCCUGCAAAGGUCAGCAUGGCUCAGUGACCUUCAGGAUAUCCUGCCAUUGUGAAAGUGGUUCACAGUUUUUAGAUUCUCCACACUCGCAGACUGUCUGCAGCAUUACCAAACAAUCACAACCAACAUGGAGAGUUAUUCAAAAAGUAAACCACAGA